AUGAUAGUGAAACAGAAAAGAAAGGAUAAAUUGUAGCAUCUGGAAACAUUAAAUUAUUAGCCAAAAUUAAUGCUUACAAAUAUCUUAAUGAAGAAUAAAAAUUACUAUUAUUCGAAAUCAGCCAUCCAUAUGCAUUUUACUGAAGGAGCUACACCUAAGGAUGGACCUUCUGCAGGCACAGCUAUCACAACAGCUUUAAUAAGUUUAGUUACUAAUUUUACUGUUCCUAGCAACUUAGCUAUGACUGGAGAAAUCUCUUUAAAUGGUCAGGUCUGCAAAAUUGGUGGUAUUUAAUAAAAGCUUAUAGCUGCCAAAACUCUUGAUAUUGUUGACAUCAUUUUGCCAUAUGCAAAUUUAGGAGAUGCUUUGAACCUGCCAUCAUAAUUAUUAAAGGGACUAAAUCUAUAUUUCGUAACAGACUACCAAUAAAUUUAUGAUUUGAUUUUUGAUCAAUAGAUGGGAAACGUUAAUUAUACAUUAAAUACAAUUAAGGACGGAAUUUAUGAAACAAUUUAAAAUGGAUCAAAGGAGUAAAUAUAAUAAUCAAUUAAUUGUUGA